AUGUCGCCGACCAGUCAUCAACAUCGUGUGCAGCGUAUCUAUCCUCCGGCCACCCUGCAUCAUCGUUUCGACGCGGAACGGCUGUUGACGCCGCCUCCUUCGCCUCUGCGACGUGUAUUUGAUAUCGAGCUUACCCUUCCCAUUCCAUCCACUGCAUUGCUUGAUUCAGUGCCGGCUGCCAGUAAGGAAACUCCCACGGGACAAGCAAUGAUUCGAAAACCUUCGGGGGAGGUUACCCGUCUCGCGCGCGAAGGAUACAAUCUCCGCGGGGCCUUGGGCUGGACUGAGGGUGUGUAUUCGGAAGUACAGGCUUCUGUCCACAAGCUAGCAGACCUCCAGUUGAAACCUGUGUCAUUCUCAAAGCAGAGUUCUGCAGAUAUCCAGAGGGUGUAUGGUCUCGCCACCGAGCUUCAUCCUUUUUUGCGCCAGUAUGAGAAUAAUUGGCCCAUCGCCGAUUUUCUCCGAACAUAUUUGAAGAAUAAAGCAGCCGCAGCGAACAGGAAGAAAACGCCAGUGCUGUGA